AUGGCAGCGCCGGAUAUCAUCGUGGCCGUGGAUUUUGGGACAACCUAUACAGGCGUGGCCUGGAUGCGUUGCGACAGGUCCGCGGCGCCGAUACAGGUCAUCCGGGACUGGCCGCACAGCGAGGACGGCGACGAGCGCAAGGUCCCGAGCCUGAUCUACUACAACAGCCGGGGCGAGGUGUCGUCCUGGGGCUUCAGCUGCGCGCACGACCGGGCCGAGGGCCAGGCCGAGCCAUGGUCGCUCUUCAAGCUCUACGUCGACCGCAGGACCUUUGAGCGGGCCCAGGCCAGCGGCAGAGCCAGCGGCAGGGGCUACAAGGUGCCGCAGACGCACCGGCACGCCCUCCGGAUAGCGACCGACUACCUGCGCGAGGUGCAGCGGCACGUGCGGGAGACGGUGUCGGCGCAGAUCGGGGUCGGCAAGUCCUGGGGCCCGGCGGCGUCGUGGUCGGGCCUGCGCGUCAGCUUCGUCUUCAGCGUCCCGACCACGUGGAAGGCGGUCGGGGUGCUCGAGGACUUCAAGGACUGCAUCGCCGGCGCCGGCUUCGGCGGCGACGCCUGCCCGGCCCACACGGCCAUCAUCGACCUGACCGAGGCCGAGGCGGCGUCGGUGGCAGUGCUCAAGAACAGCGUCGUCGGCUUCGACGUCGGCGACCUGUUCCUCUGCAUCGACGCCGGCGGCGGCACCACCGACCUGACCCUGGGCCGCGUCUCGUCGGCCGACCCGGACUGCCCGCAGAUGGAGGAGGUCGCGGCCGUGUGCGGCUUCGGCACCGGCUCCGCCCUGAUCGACAAGGGCUUCCAGCAGCUCGUGCAGUCGCGCAUCGACGCGUGCGGUGGCGGCGGCGCCCACAAGAUCCCGGACCUGCUGCCGGAUUGUGCCAGGCGCAUGUCCGUCUCGCAGUCCUUCAGGACGGUCAAGCACAACUUCGGGAAGAGGGCGUGGCGGCCGCCGUACCGGAUCCGGGUCGAGGAGCUCGGCGCCGAUGCCAACCUGCCCCAGCUGGGCGUGGAGAACGGCAACAUGGUGUUUUCUGCAGAAGAGAUGAAGUCACUGUUUGACCCACAUAUCGCCAACAUCGUCCACAAAGUCAAGAGGCACUUGGACUUUCUCACAAACCAGGGAGACUUUAGCAUCCUUAGAUACAUGAUACUAUCAGGCGGUCUGGGCAAGUCCGAGUACGUCCGGACCCAGCUGCGCCAGCAGUUUGAGCAAUGCCCACACCCCCGAGCCGAGGGCGCGGGCAUCCUCCUGUGCGAGGACCCGCAGCUGGUCGUCGUCCGCGGCCUGCUCUUCGACAAGCAGCAGGCGAUGGACUCGGCCAGGAGGAGGCCGGUGCUGGCCGGGCGCAUCGCCCGGGCGUCGUACGGCAUCGUGGUGAAGGAGGAAUACAACCCGGAGAUACACAAGCACAUCAUGCUCGACCAGGACCUCGUCACGGACCCCUUUGACCGCAAAAAGUACGCCAACAAUCAGAUAAAAUGGCUGAUCAGGAAGGGCGAGAGGAUCGAUCCCAGCGUGCCGGCCAGGCACCAGCUCAUGAUGCGGGUGGCCGAGAACGAGACUGCGCUGGCGUGGCAGUUCGAGCUCGUGCAGAGCAGCGUCGACGGCGCGCUGCCCAGGAGCACGAGGGAGGGGAUCGCCGUCAAGCUCUGCGACCUCCACAGCGACCUCUCGGGCAUCCAGCAGACCGAGCUGGUCGUGAAGCAGACGCGUGGCACCUGCUUCCGCAGGGGCAAGAAGUACCUUUUGUGCGAGUUCGACAUCGUCGUCACUGUCGCUCCCGCCGACCUCAAGUUUGAGCUCCAGGUGGACGGCGAGCGCUUCUCGAGGAACCACAAGCCCAUCACCAUUAGGUGGGAUCCGGCGGGGAUGACGGCUUCGACGGAUAUGUAUGAGAUGGACUAG